AUGGCGGAACUACCCCCCAAGCUAAAGAUCCACCCACCUUUGAUCAACUCAGCCAGCCCCUGGGCCACAACGCUUGAUGACCUGAGGCGCCUCUACGCGUGCCCCUCUACAGGCGCAGUUACCACACGGACGUCACUUAUCCAAGGCUUUGACCACGACACAUCCAAACAUCAGUACAUCUUCUUCGAGCCAUCCACCCACACGGCAUCAACGGACUGUACCACUCCUGGCUCCUCCACCCCACCCACCGCCAGCCUCAACUCGCUUGGCUACAGUCCGCUCCCUCUAGAGACCUACCUUUCUUUCAUAAGUACCAUCUCAGCCGAACAGGAACCCCCAACAGGCACAGACAAAUUCAGCAGCAAAGGCUUCAUCGUCUCCGUCACCGGCAGCCCGGACGACAUCGCGGCGAGUUACAAACUCAUCGCCUCUGCCGCACGGCACACCCACCUGCCGUUGGCCAUGGAGAUCAACCUCAGCUGCCCCAACAUCCCGGGCCGCCCGCCCCCAGCCUACUCGCGGGAUGCCCUGGCUACGUACCUUGCGGCGCUACAACACACGCUUGUUACUACUGCUCCCACAACUGAUACUACUACGGUAGAGCCGAGAGGCGAUUCGGAGUCAGCAAACAAAGACAGGGACAGAAACAGCCUGCCGCGCAUCCCCGUCGGGCUGAAGACGCCGCCUUACACCCACGCCACCGAGUACGAGGCGCUGAUGGACGCGCUGGAGGCGGCCGCGGCAGCUAAUGGGGGCGCGUGCCCCGUUAGCUUUCUCACCGCGACCAACACGCUCGGGUCAUGUCUCGUAUUAGCGGGGGACGAGGCCAAGGCUAAGGCCAAGGUUACCGAAUCGCGGCAGCCGAAGUGCGACGCUGGGGAAGAGGAGGAGGAGGAGCGGCUAAGUACGCUGGGGCACAAGGCGUUCGCGCUGCCAGGUCCCGGGCUCGGCGGCAUGGCGGGCGCGCCGCUGCAUCCCCUCGCCCUGGGCAACGUGUGCACCCUCCGCCGCAUGCUGGAUCAGCGCGGGGAGAAGUUGGGCUGCCAUGUGCAGCUGGUUGGCGUCGGCGGAGUGCUCGAUGCCCAGGCCUAUCGCAGGAUGAGGGCCGUGGGGGCCGACGUGGUGGGUGUUGCGACUGGGUUGGGGUUGAAAGGGGUGGGUGUUUUUGGGGAGAUUCAAGACGGUUUGGGAGGGCGCUGGUAG